AUGAAGGCCAUUCUGGGGCCGUUUGUUCUGCGGCGGGUCAAGGCAGAUGUUAUGAAGCAGCUGGUGGCAAAGGUCCAGAAGGUAAGAAAGCAGGGAGGAGGGGGAGGGCCAGCGGAUGAGGGGCUGAUAUGGCGCAUGAAGGCGAUUCUGGGGCCGUUUGUGCUGCGGCGAGUGAAGGCUGAUGUGAUGAAACAGCUGGUGGCGAAAGUGCAGAAGCAGCCAGCAAGGGGCUGUGAGGAAGGGGAGCAGCGGGCGAGCAAAUGUGAUGAAACAGCUGUUGUUGAAAGUGCAGAAGGUGAGAAGGGGGGGGGGGAAGGGUAUGGAUGGGGAGCGGGCGAGGGGAUGGAGGAAGGGGGGCCAGCGGACGAGGGGCUGAUAGGGCGCAUGAACGCCAUUCUGGGGCCGUUUGUGCUGCGGCGGGUGAAAGCAGAUGUGAUGAAACAGCUGGUGGCGAAAGUGCAGAAGGUCGAGCUACUGCCUAUGGAGGGCGAGCAGGCAACAGCAUACAAUGAGGCUGUGGAGCAGUACAGAAGAGCAGUGGCGGUGAGAGCUGGAGGGGGAGAUAGAGAGGGGAAGGCGAAAGAAGAGGGAGAGGGGGGAGGGGAAGGGGAGGGCGGCACGGCUGUUGUGGCAGCGGCAGUGGAUGCGAUGCCGAGGAGACAGCUGGCAAGCAUCUUCACUCACCUGAGAAAGCUCGCCAACCACCCCCUCCUGGUGCGCCGCCUGUUCUCGGACACAGCAGUGGACGAGAUGGCGUCAGUUCUUCAUAAGAGGGGUGUGUUUGGUGGGGAGUGCACGCGGCAGCGCGUGGAGGAGGAGCUGCGGGGCUACAGCGACUUCAUGCUCAACCAGCUGUGUGCCGCUCACAGCGACGCGCUCUCCCGCUUCCUGCUCUCGCGGGAACAAUUCUUCCACUCCUGCAGGUGGGGCUGGUAUGGGGGUGCAAGGGCACGGCUGGUAUGGGGGUGCAAGGGCACGGCUGGUAUGGGGAUGCAAGGGCACGGCUGGUAUGGGGGUGCAAGGGCACGGCUGGUAUGGGGGUGCAAGGGCACGGCUGGUAUGGGGGUGCAAGGGCACGGCUGGUAUGGGGGUGCAAGGGCACGGCUGGUAUGGGGGUGCAAGGGCACGGCUGGUAUGGGGGUGCAAGGGCACGGCUGGUAUGGGGGUGCAAGGGCACGGCUGGUAUGGGGGUGCAAGGGCACGGCUGGUAUGGGGGUGCAAGGGCACGGCUGGUAUGGGGGUGCAAGGGCACGGCUGGUAUGGGGGUGCAAGGGCACGGCUGGUAUGGGGGUGCAAGGGCACGGCUGGUAUGGGGGUGCAAGGGCACGGCUGGUAUGGGGGUGCAAGGGCACGGCUGGUAUGGGGGUGCAAGGGCACGGCUGGUAUGGGGGUGCAAGGGCACGGCUGGUAUGGGGGUGCAAGGGCACGGCUGGUAUGGGGGUGCAAGGGCACGGCUGGUAUGGGGGUGCAAGGGCACGGCUGGUAUGGGGGUGCAAGGGCACGGCUGGUAUGGGGGUGCAAGGGCACGGCUGGUAUGGGGGUGCAAGGGCACGGCUGGUAUGGGUGUGCAAGGGCACGGCUGGUAUGGGGGUGCAAGGGCACGGCUGGUAUGGGGGUGCAAGGGCACGGCUGGUAUGGGGGUGCAAGGGCACGGCUGGUAUGGGGGUGCAAGGGCACGGCUGGUAUGGGGGUGCAAGGGCACGGCUGGUAUGGGGGUGCAAGGGCACGGCUGGUAUGGGGGUGCAAGGGCACGGCUGGUAUGGGGGUGCAAGGGCACGGCUUGUAUGGGGGUGCAAGGGCACGGCUGGUAUGGGGGUGCAAGGGCACGGCUGGUAUGGGGGUGCAAGGGCACGGCUGGUAUGGGGGUGCAAGGGCACGGCUGGUAUGGGGGUGCAAGGGCACGGCUGGUAUGGGGGUGCAAGGGCACGGCUGGUAUGGGGGUGCAAGGGCACGGCUGGUAUGGGGGUGCAAGGGCACGGCUGGUAUGGGGGUGCAAGGGCACGGCUGGUAUGGGGGUGCAAGGGCACGGCUGGUAUGGGGGUGCAAGGGCACGGCUGGUAUGGGGGUGCAAGGGCACGGCUGGUAUGGGGGUGCAAGGGCACGGCUGGUAUGGGGGUGCAAGGGCACGGCUGGUAUGGGGGUGCAAGGGCACGGCUGGUAUGGGGGUGCAAGGGCACGGCUGGUAUGGGGGUGCAAGGGCACGGCUGGUAUGGGGGUGCAAGGGCACGGCUGGUAUGGGGGUGCAAGGGCACGGCUGGUAUGGGGGUGCAAGGGCACGGCUGGUAUGGGGGUGCAAGGGCACGGCUGGUAUGGGGGUGCAAGGGCACGGCUGGUAUGGGGGUGCAAGGGCACGGCUGGUAUGGGGGUGCAAGGGCACGGCUGGUAUGGGGGUGCAAGGGCACGGCUGGUAUGGGGGUGCAAGGGCACGGCUGGUAUGGGGGUGCAAGGGCACGGCUGGUAUGGGGGUGCAAGGGCACGGCUGGUAUGGGGGUGCAAGGGCACGGCUGGUAUGGGGGUGCAAGGGCACGGCUGGUAUGGGGGUGCAAGGGCACGGCUGGUAUGGGGGUGCAAGGGCACGGCUGGUAUGGGGGUGCAAGGGCACGGCUGGUAUGGGGGUGCAAGGGCACGGCUGGUAUGGGGGUGCAAGGGCACGGCUGGUAUGGGGGUGCAAGGGCACGGCUGGUAUGGGGGUGCAAGGGCACGGCUGGUAUGGGGGUGCAAGGGCACGGCUGGUAUGGGGGUGCAAGGGCACGGCUGGUAUGGGGGUGCAAGGGCACGGCUGGUAUGGGGGUGCAAGGGCACGGCUGGUAUGGGGGUGCAAGGGCACGGCUGGUAUGGGGGUGCAAGGGCACGGCUGGUAUGGGGGUGCAAGGGCACGGCUGGUAUGGGGGUGCAAGGGCACGGCUGGUAUGGGGGUGCAAGGGCACGGCUGGUAUGGGGGUGCAAGGGCACGGCUGGUAUGGGGGUGCAAGGGCACGGCUGGUAUGGGGGUGCAAGGGCACGGCUGGUAUGGGGGUGCAAGGGCACGGCUGGUAUGGGGGUGCAAGGGCACGGCUGGUAUGGGGGUGCAAGGGCACGGCUGGUAUGGGGGUGCAAGGGCACGGCUGGUAUGGGGGUGCAAGGGCACGGCUGGUAUGGGGGUGCAAGGGCACGGCUGGUAUGGGGGUGCAAGGGCACGGCUGGUAUGGGGGUGCAAGGGCACGGCUGGUAUGGGGGUGCAAGGGCACGGCUGGUAUGGGGGUGCAAGGGCACGGCUGGUAUGGGGGUGCAAGGGCACGGCUGGUAUGGGGGUGCAAGGGCACGGCUGGUAUGGGGGUGCAAGGGCACGGCUGGUAUGGGGGUGCAAGGGCACGGCUGGUAUGGGGGUGCAAGGGCACGGCUGGUAUGGGGGUGCAAGGGCACGGCUGGUAUGGGGGUGCAAGGGCACGGCUGGUAUGGGGGUGCAAGGGCACGGCUGGUAUGGGGGUGCAAGGGCACGGCUGGUAUGGGGGUGCAAGGGCACGGCUGGUAUGGGGGUGCAAGGGCACGGCUGGUAUGGGGGUGCAAGGGCACGGCUGGUAUGGGGGUGCAAGGGCACGGCUGGUAUGGGGGUGCAAGGGCACGGCUGGUAUGGGGGUGCAAGGGCACGGCUGGUAUGGGGGUGCAAGGGCACGGCUGGUAUGGGGGUGCAAGGGCACGGCUGGUAUGGGGGUGCAAGGGCACGGCUGGUAUGGGGGUGCAAGGGCACGGCUGGUAUGGGGGUGCAAGGGCACGGCUGGUAUGGGGGUGCAAGGGCACGGCUGGUAUGGGGGUGCAAGGGCACGGCUGGUAUGGGGGUGCAAGGGCACGGCUGGUAUGGGGGUGCAAGGGCACGGCUGGUAUGGGGGUGCAAGGGCACGGCUGGUAUGGGGGUGCAAGGGCACGGCUGGUAUGGGGGUGCAAGGGCACGGCUGGUAUGGGGGUGCAAGGGCACGGCUGGUAUGGGGGUGCAAGGGCACGGCUGGUAUGGGGGUGCAAGGGCACGGCUUGUAUGGGGGUGCAAGGGCACGGCUGGCCCUCUCAACACUCCUUCCCAAGCUGAAAUCCGAUGGUCACCGUGUGCUGCUCUUCAGCCAAUGGACGGCUGUGCUCGACAUUCUGCAACACGUGAUGGGGCUGCUGGGCCUGACCUUCCUUAGACUGGAUGGCAGCACGCAGGUGGCACAGAGGCAGGCCCUGGUAGACGAGUUCAACCGGGACCCUUCAGUGUUUGCCAUGCUGCUUUCGACCCGGGCAGGCGGACAAGGUUUGAACCUGACCGGGGCAGACACGGUGAUUCUGCACGACGUGGAUUUUAACCCCCAGAUGGACCGCCAGGCGGAGGACAGGUGUCACCGGAUCGGGCAGACUCGGCCUGUAACUGUCGUGCGCUUGCAUCUGCAUUGGAGAGUGGUCGACAGCAACACGGUCAAAUUUGCGCUCCACAUGAGCAAGGGCAUCGAAACAGGCAAGGGGUGGUUCGGCGUGGGUUUUUCGAGCAACGGCAAGAUGAACGGCGAUGCGAUCAUCGCGGAGAGCAUGCGCGCCGGCGCGCCCAAGCUGCUGACGCUCGCCGGCCACAGCAGCAGGAGCGACGCGACUGGGUGGACGCCGGCUGGACUGAAGAUCAUCAAAAACCCCGCGGGUACCACCAUCGAGUUCACUCGCACCACGUCGGACGGCGGAGAGGUGGCGCUGAACCCCUCGGGCAACAACUACAUCACGUGGGCCUUCGCGAAGACCACGUGGUCGGGAUCCACCCGCCACGCCUACUC